GCAGCCGUCCGACGGUCCAGUACGUGUCGUCGCUGUCCGAGCUGCCUCAGGCCCUGCAGCCGUACUACACGCAGGGCUACGUCCUGGCUGCCCUGCACCCCAUCAUCCUGUCUGUGGGUCGGACGCGCUCGAUGCCCUUCAGCCUGUUGUACCGCGCCAUCCUGGCCCGACCCAGACCCAGUAGGCAGACGGCGUCCAUGUGUCACAGUGUCCCGGUGCUGAAGGUGGAGGAGUGGCCUUUACCCGGCGACUCGCUGACGGGCGACACUGUCAGAGCGCUCAUCGACCGGGUGAACAGCAGCGCUCGAGGGGGCGUUCGAUUCGUGGGCUCGGUCCUCCAGCAGGUGAGCGGGAUCACGAACGGCCGGGUGCACAGUCCGAAGAGGGGCUGUCGCUCUCCCCCACGCUCGCCUCCUCGAACUCCGCCUGGAGACGCAGAGCUGGAGGAAAACACCUACAGUCCUGACUUGAGGUUGCUGGUCUUCUUCCACUCCUGGGCUCCAGGCUGUGCUCCUCUGGACUCGCUGGCCUGUCAGUACCACCAGGGGGCGCUCUCCAUGCGGGUCUCCAGGAAGGGUCAGGUGGUCAGCGCCCUGGAGGCCGACUGGCUGGAGCUGACCACCGCCUACUACCGCAAAGGCUGGUCGCUGGUGGACUCCUUCGUCUACUGGGACACGCCGAGAGGUGAGCCGGUGCCCAGAUCACUGGAGGGUUUGUUUGUUUAUGAGGAGAGAAGCACGUCUCCUCCCGCCAACGACACCAUCGUGGUCGAGCAGUGGACCGUCAUCGAGAGCUCCAAUGUGAAAACAGACUACGGGCCCCUUCUUCACACGUUGGCGGAGUUCGGUUGGCUGCUCACGUGUGUGCUGCCCACGCCCAUCAUCCGACACGACAGUGAAGGGAACCUGGCCACCAAGCAGGUCGUGUUCCUGCAGAGGCCCGUCAGAGGUCCGACAGCCGGACAACAGAGGAACCAGACUCUACCCGCGCGCAGCGACGUGUCCAGUCGCUCUGUGAGCCGCUCGGUCAGCAGCAGCGCCGCCGUCCCGCCAGAGGAGCUCUCUCCCACCGCGGGAGGCAUCGGCGGCUUUCCCGUGUUCGGAGGGGGGUAUCCCAGCGCCCUGUCCCACCUGGAGGAGAACGGCUUCGAGCAGGAGGAAGGGAAGGCCGAGGUCACGUGUAUGUGAGCAGGAAAACGGAUUUAACUUUUCCUCCAGGAGUUUAACUUCAGGAUUCAAACAGUGUUGGACUAACGGAGAAAAAAGACUUGAAGUCUCCACAGACAUCAGCCGUUGUGUUACUUUUAAAGCUCUGCACUUUUUAAAAUGUUUUUAUUGAAGCCAUGAGGUUUUGUUGAGAUGGAUCUGUAUCUGAAACUUUACAUAGAAUCACACACACACACACACACACACCUAUGAAGCACAAACUGAUUUCUGCACGUUAUGGAAUCAACACUGGUGAACAAACGAGGGAUUCACCUUUUUUUUAAACAAUAUCACUUGUUGUACUUUUUGUUUUUUGUUUCACACAUUUUUUUCUCAAUUGAACAGAGAGAAAGUUCUUCUCAUCUCCAUCAAGGCUUUUGUUUUAUGCUUGAAGAAGUUUCAACACCUUCAUAUCAACCUCAGGUCAGACUCCGCUCUUCUCCUCCAGAAUAUUUGGUACUGACAGUUUGCAGGCUGAGGUCUGAAGGUGCCGACAGUUACUACGACCAGACGAUGUUAGACUCCCUCGUCAUGUUUAAUCUGACUGUUUGAAUCAUUCUGGAAAUGGUUUAUGUCCACUCAUGCAUUUGUUUGACAGUAUUAUUUAAUAUUUGUUCGGCUGCUGUUGGUGUUACGGUUUUUUUUUUUUCCUUGUUUAAUCUGCUGCUUUUUUGCUUUAGAGCGUAGAUGGUACUGACGUUUCCUGUUCAGAGAAACCCACCGAAAACAUUUUAUAUUUUACUCAAUGUUGGACCAAUCCACGAUUAUACAAAAUCAACUUUGAGUUGAUCUGACUGAUGUAUUUUUUGUGCUUUUUAAAAACUAGAUUUUACACUUGUCUUGUUAAAGGUUUAUAUCUUCAGCAGGAACCUGUGGGCUCAGUUUCACAGAAGAAUUAACUCAACGCACUGACUUACUGUUGGUUUUGGUCAUUUCUUUGGACUUGUUGACAACAAGAAGGUCAAAUAAUAGUCGUAGAUACGUUUCCAGUUAUUUCUCAACCAACACAAAGUUCAGUCUUUAUUCAGACGACAGCAGUUGAGCUACAACUUGAACAACUUUACCUGCGAUUACUAUAAAGUGUUUUUCUUUCCAGGAAAAUAUUAAGAGAUGAUUUGGAGAAGGGCAUUAAAAAUAAAUCGUUUUUUUAAAACCAUUCAUCAUUAAUGACGUUAUGGCAGGAGAGCAAAUGUUAGAUCUGUUCUUCUAAUGCUAUGAAAGGGAAACAUUCGAUUUUUUUUGUCUUUUUGAAGACACAGUGUUGAAAAUAUCUUCAGACAUUUUCCCUCACAACUGGGUUUGAACUAAUUAUGAUGCAGGAGGAAGUUUAGUAAAACUAAUAAGUCGUCAUUGAUGAAUCUGCAGAAAUCUCAAGAUGUUAAUGUUAACGAUGUGACCAGAACACUGACUCCUCCUAUUUGAACAGCAAAUAUUUGGCUUUAUUUUUAAAUGAUUAUUUUAUAAUCAGAAUAAUUAAAUUUUCUGUCCACUUAUAGUAUAUUUGAGAUUUUCCAGUGAGUGACACAGUGCCCAGGUUUAAAGUGGUUUCAUGUAACCAUGGUUAUAUGUAUAUGAUGUGUUCAUCAUCAGGUUUAAUAAAUGUCAGUAUUAAUGUUGACUUUGUACAUUUUGCUUCUUUUAUUUUUUUUAAACUCAAUUAUCUCAGUGUUCAUUAAAAUGACUCAUUUACGUCCUAAUCAAUCUGCAGUUUGACGUCAGUGUCAUCACAUUCACACAAAUGUUUUCAAUUUCAAUCUACAUCCAUGCACACACACCUGCAAACAGAUCACAUGACCAUUCACAUACACGUGUCAUGUGGUGUAAACAGGAAGUAGCUCGUUCACUCUCUUUCCAGAAUUCUUUGUUUCUAGGAUUAAAACCAAAUAUCACCAAAAUAUUAAUCCCUUCAAAAUGCCAAAUUUUUUUCAAAGAUUCACCAAAACGUUUUGGUUCGUCUCUGACCCAAGCCACGCCCUUUCAACCGUUUUCAUGGUAAUAAUAAUUCUGCUAAACAGACGAAAACAUCAGGUAAAUAAAGUGUGGAUGUUUCCUCAUUGAUAUAAAAACCAGCGAUCUGAAUAAUAGGUCUUUUUUAUUAACAGACAUCAUGUAAAUGUCGACAGUAACAAAAUUUUUUAGUCCAUUUAAAAAAAAAAAAA